AUGUCUUCGUUUUUGUCCUCCUCCUCCCCGUCGGGGAAGCAUUUUCAUCAUCAGCGGCGGAACAACGCGAAGACGAACGAACAGGAGGAGGAGGAGGUUGAAGAAUCCCGCGUAGUAAUCGAGAAAGAAGACGGGCCCGUGGUUUUGAAGGCAAAGAAGACGACGAAGACGAAGCACGGAGUGCGAGUAUUUAUUCUCCAACGGAACGAGUGCGACGCCCCAAGUUUGCUCGAAAAAUACGAACGCUUACUCUCGAAACGCGAGUUGGAUUCGAUUCAAAUCGAAAGUUUACACCCGGAAACGAAAAAGGAGAGAUUACAAACCCGAGCGAUGGUUCGGACGGUUUUAUCGUCCAUUUUGAACGAAGGAAGAGAAGGGAGGAAACCAUCGCAGCGCAAAGUCGUCGAUCCGUCUUCGUUGGAGUUUACGUUCAACGAGAAAGGGAAACCGUUUUUGAAACAGUCGACGACGACGACGACGACGACGAGUUCUUUUGCGAAUUCGAACGAGGAAGAGGAGUCGACGAACUCGUUUUCGUCGUCGUCGAUGUCGUCUGAAAAUUUGAAUAUUCAGUUUAGCGUGUCGCACUCGAAAAAUGUCGUCGCGAUGGCGGUGACGACGGACGGGAGACGCGUGGGGAUCGAUUGCGAAGUGGAGAAGAGAAGGACGAAAGACGCGUGCUUGAAAUUAGCAAAGAGGUAUUUUAGGAAAGGUGAGGCGGUCGAGAGGAUUGAAACCGCGUUAGCGAAAGAGGAGGAGUUGGGGAGGAGGAUGUUUGUCAGGUAUUGGUGUUUGUGCGAAAGUUACGUGAAGGCGUUAGGGGUUGGGAUUUCCGGCAGGCCGUUCCGGAACUUUGACAUCGCGGUGACAGAAAAAAGGAACGACGACGAGCGCGAAGACAUCUCACUCUUUGAAUCGGAUCCAGAAACGUUCGGUCGAUGGCGGUUCCAGCUCUUUCGCGAGACACCGACGAUAAAAGUCAAAGAGGACGAAAGAAGUAUCGUCGCCGUAUGCGUCGAAGACGAUGACGAAGACGAAGACGACGAUACCAAUACUAAUAGAAAUACCACUUCUCCGUCAUCGAAACGAAAAAGGAGACCGCCGAUUGUCUCCUCCAUCACGCGCACGAAUACAAAAUGCGUGCACCACACUCAACCGCCUCAGUUUCGAGACGGCGAAAAGCUUUGGCCGUGUUGUAAUAAACGGAGCAAAGAUUUCAACGCGUUUUUGAGCAUAAAAGGCUGCCGGGAACUGGAUUCGCAUUCGAGCGAAAAACAAGUAUUAGUACCACCAAAACAGACGAUAACGACGAGCACGAAAGAAGAGAAAGACGAUGCACUUGGCGUUGAAAAGUGUCCUCGGUGUUCGAACGGCUUCGCGUGCGAAAUGCACCCGGAAGAGAGCAAAAAGAACGAAGAGAAAAUGAGACGAACGAAAGAGCUGAAAGAGCAGAAGAAAAGAGAGGAGGAACUCGAGCGAGCGAAGAUGGAUCCGAACGCGCUACAAACGUGCAAACGAACAGGAUGUGGAAUGAAAUUUAGAGAGAGCGAAAAUAAGAACGAGUGUUGUCGAUAUCACAAAGGGAAGCCGAUUUUCCACGAGAGGAGUAAAGGGUGGUCGUGUUGCGCGAGCGGGAAGAAGGCGGUGUACGACUUUGACGAGUUUUUGAAGAUUCCGCCGUGCGCGGUUGGGAGACAUUCCGCGGUCGUGGAGGAGGAGGGUGAAGACGAUUAG